AGUCUGUAGGUGACUACAGAAGGAGGAGGAGCUCCAUCUGUUCUCUCUUCAGGCAGUUGUUGUGUCUCUCAGCGCUUGUUGGGUUCACAACCUAUUAAAUAAGCCGGCUGGUCUUCACCCUCCCAGACAAGUCAACUCAGGGAGUCAGCAGGGCACGGGCCUUGGCCCGCAGCCCCAGCUGGGGCCAUGCCUGGGCUGUGAAGUGGGCAGGCGAGCAGCAGGCAAGACCAUCUCUGCAAGUGCAGCAUAGCCUCAGCCUAGGGCAGUGGGAGUGUGUGGCCCAAGCUGUGAGCAAAGGCACAGAUGGUGACAGGAGUAGAGGCACCCCAUGGGAAACAUACUGACCUGUUGUGUGUGCCCCAGGGCCAGCCCUGGGUUGCACCAGCACCAGGGGUCGGUGUGUCACUGUGAGUCUGAGAUCUAUGAGGCAGCAGCUGGGGACCUGAUAGCAGGAGUGCCUGUGGCUGCUGCUGUAGAGCCUGGUGAGGUGACUUUUGAAGCUGGUGAGGGCCUCCACAUGCACCACAUCUGUGAACGGGAGAUGCCUGAAGAUAUACCUUUGGAGCCCAACCCUUCUGACCAUCCAAAGGCAAGCACAAUAUUCCUGAGAAAAUCUCAAACAGAUGUACAAGAAAAAAGAAAAAGCAACUAUGCAAAGCAUGUAUCUACUGAGCAUUUUACUCAACAAUACAGUUCAUGUUCGACAAUAUUCCUUGAUGACAGCACAGCCAGCCAGCCUCAUCUUACAAUGACACUAAAAUCUGUGACCUUGGCAAUAUAUUAUCAUAUCAAGCAAAGAGAUGCAGAUAGAUCUUUGGGCAUAUUUGAUGAACGGUUACACCCACUUACACGAAAAGAGGUUUUGGAGGAAUAUUUUAAGUAUGAUCCUGAACACAAAUUGAUUUUCAGAUUUGUUCGUACUCUGUUUAAAGCCAUGAGGCUAACAGCUGAGUUUGCAAUCGUAAGUUUGAUUUACAUAGAAAGACUUGUAAGUUAUGCUGAUAUCGACAUUUGUCCAACUAACUGGAAGAGGAUUGUCUUGGGAGCCAUUCUUCUUGCCUCCAAGGUUUGGAGUGAUAUGGCUGUGUGGAAUGAGGACUACUGCAAGCUCUUUAAGAACAUUACAGUUGAAGAAAUGAAUGAGUUGGAAAGGCAAUUCUUGAAGCUAAUUAAUUAUAAUAACAGCGUUACUAACAGUGUUUAUAGCAGAUUCUACUUCGAUCUUCGCACCUUGGCACACAACAACGGCCUGUAUUCACCAAUUUAUCUUCUUGACAGAGAAAGAGCUUGGAAGCCGGAGGCUUUUUCAAGGAUGGAACAAGACAAAGUUUUCUACAGUGCUGCCAAGAAUGGGUCUCUGAGUGCAGAUGAUUUAAUUCAUCUUCAGCGUGCUAAGGCCAUCCUCUUCUGAAGGAAGAAAUGAGGAGUAAUGUAACAUCUGAACCCCUCAUCAAAAAAGACAGGAAAAUAUCACCUCUCCUGCUAAAGAACUAGAAAAGUUGGUAUUUUCAAAAGAAGAAACACCUCAAUUCAAGUUAACUCAAGGACAACUAAGAUUGCACUUCGUAGUAAAGAAUGGGACCUUGUCAGGGCAACAACACACUCUUACACUCUUCUGUCCUGUUUAAUGUAAACAGAGUUAUAAAAACCACUUCAAAGUGAA